AUUUGGGGGCUGGCCUUGGCAGUGAGAUAAGGCUACAUAUAAGGGAGCUGCAGCAGGUUUGGGAACACUAACAGGGUAUUUUCCCCACUGUGCAGCUCAGCGAGUUUGGAUCUGGAAAUCAUGAGCCAGUGCCCCUUUGCGGGGAAGAAUUACCUAUUUAAUUUUAACAAGCUAUCUUUGGAAGAUGACAAUGACGACAAAUCUCAAGAAGGAAUAAAUAAAGCCAGCAAAGGUGGGCUUAUCUAUGGAGAAUACCUACAACUGAACAAAAUAUUGAAUGCUCAAGAACUUGAGAGUGAGAAGAAAGGGAAAAAAAUCCACGAUGAGCAUCUUUUCAUUGUGACACAUCAAGCAUAUGAACUUUGGUUUAAGCAGAUUUUGUGGGAAAUGGACUCUGUGCGAGUCAUCUUUCAAAAUGGUCACGUAAGAGAUGAGAGGAACAUGCUGAAGGUUAUUACUCGAAUGAACAGAAUUUCACUGAUUCUGAAAUUACUUGUGGAACAGUUCUCAGUUUUGGAAACUAUGACUGCAUUGGACUUCUUUGAUUUCAGAUACCACCUAAGCCCUGCCUCAGGUUUUCAGAGCCUGCAGUUUCGCUUGCUAGAGAACAAGAUUGGUGUUCCCCAAAGUCUGAGAGUCCCUUAUAACAGAAGGCAUUACCGUGAUAACUUCAAGGGACAGGAUCAUGAGCUACUGCUUCAAUCAGAGCAAGAACCAACACUACUGCAACUUGUGGAGGCAUGGCUGGAAAGAACUCCAGGACUUGAUGCAGAAGAAUUUGAUUUCUGGGGACAAUUUGAAGAGAAUGUUUUAAAAGGCCUAGAAGAGGAAUUUGCCUUGAUACAGGCCAAAGCAGAAUCAGAGGAGAAAGAUGACUUAUUGUCUGAAUUUCAAAAACAGAGAGAUGUAUUGCUUUCAUUAUUUGAUGAAAAACGCCAUGAACAUCUGCUCAGUAAAGGAGAGAGACGGCUGUCCUACAAAGCACUGAAGGGGGCCUUGAUGAUCUACUUCUACAGGGAGGAGCCUCGUUUCCAGGUUCCCUUUCAGCUUCUUACCUCCCUUAUGGAUCUUGAUGUGCUCAUGACUAAGUGGAGAUAUAACCAUGUCUGUUUGGUGCACAGAAUGAUUGGCAGCAAGGCUGGCACUGGAGGCUCAUCAGGCUACCACUACUUGCGCUCAACAGUGAGUGACAGGUACAAGGUGUUUGUGGAUUUGUUCAAUCUUUCAACAUUUCUAGUGCCAAGACACUGGAUACCAAAGAUGAACCCAAGCAUUCACAAAUUCCUUUACACAGCAGAAUACUGUGACAGCUCCUACUUCAGCAGUGAUGACUCUGACUAGCCUGCCUUUCUAGGCUGGUUGCUGUAAAGAACUUCCUGACUUUCACCUUGAGUGGUGCUCCCAGCCAUUCUCACAAGGAGUGUGGGUGUGUAAAUAUGUAUUUAUGUAUGUCAGCUUUGUGAAUAGUACAAUUACCUUGCGGAAGAAAUUAAUUGCCUGUAGAAAAAAUAAAUCUGUAUUGAGUUAGCCAAUGUUAAGAGUAAAAUGAUACCCCCAAUUCAACCCAUGACCAAUUUAACUCUUAGUUGGCUUCUUAAAGCCUACACCUAGGGAAGGGGAGAAAAUUACACACAGUUAUUAUGAUGAUGACUUAUUUGUACAUAUUUUUGUAUUUUCUUGUUUGCCUAAUGGCUGUUACUAAUUUAUGCCUAGUUGAGGAUAUAAUCAGUCUCAUCACCUUCAGAAGAUUAUUUGUUUCUGAGCUCUAGUGCAAUUUCAAAAGGAAUUUUGGGUUAAAAAUUUCAAAAGAUAGAUCAAAAAAAGUAAGUCCUGAAUCUAUAGCAACCAAACCAUCCUGAACUUAUAAUGCAUCAAGAAUCGUGUUGCUUUCUCUUUACAUGUGAAUGUAAAUCCCUUAUGUAGAAAUACUGUUAAAAACAGCAGCUAUAAGUACUUACUUUUCAUUUCAAAUAAAGCAGUAUUAAAGCUCAUCUUUUGUCAAGUCUUCUGAAGCAAACUAUAAAGUUCAAACAAGAGUAUGACAGGCAUUUAAAGUGAUUUUUAUUCAGAUUGGUAUACAAUAAAAGGCAACUUUGGCUAUAGAAUAUCAAUAAAAGAGUGUCAUCUUCUCAUUAAA